CUGUUGUUUACCUGCAGAAAUCGGUGUUCACGGAUCUGGUCGGUAAAUUGAGCUGGUUGGUGGUGAAAUAAAAUCGUUUCCUGAAGUCACAGUUUGGCCUCGUUGUCGACGUUAAAUAUGUCGUCUGUGGAAGCUCGUGCUGUGCGGCUCCCAGCCAGAAACAACUCGGUAAAGAUGGGUAAAACCACCGCAGCAGGUCCGAGGAGAGCUGCUCUUGGAGAGAUUACUAACUUUACUGCAGCAGCAGUCAACAACACAAAGAAGAAGGGAGCAGCCAAAGAAUCAGCCAAACCAUCUUGUGCCCAAAAAGCAAAACCGACCCAGCCGGUGCAUCCAGUAGUCCGGGUCGAAGCGCCUGCGGAUCCUCUCCCUCCGGUCUCAGAGGAGUCGGCUGACGUGUUGAUGAAGGAGGACGAACUGUGCCAGGCUUUCUCUGAGGCGCUGCUCACCGUGCAGGACGUAGACGAGCAGGACGCUGACAUGCCACAGCUCUGCUCAGAAUAUGUCAAAGAUAUUUAUAACUAUCUACGUGACCUGGAGGUGCAGCAGGCUGUACGCGCCAACUACAUGCAGGGUUAUGAAAUCACUGACCGCAUGCGAGCUCUUCUGAUCGACUGGAUGGUCCAGGUUCACUCCAGGUUCCAGCUGCUGCAGGAGACUCUGUACCUGACAGUUGCCAUCCUGGAUCGUUUUCUGCAGGUCCAGCCGGUCUCUCGUAGAAAGCUGCAGCUCGUCGGUGUGACUGCCAUGCUGGUGGCCUGCAAGUACGAGGAGAUGUACGCUCCAGAGGUCGGAGACUUCGCCUACAUCACAGACAACGCGUUUACAAAGUCUCAGAUUCUGGAGAUGGAGCAGCUGGUUCUGAGGAGCCUCAACUUUCAGCUGGGACGUCCUCUCCCGUUACACUUCCUCAGACGGGCUUCCAAAGUGGCUAAUUCUGAUGUAGAGAGACACACGCUGGCCAAGUAUCUGAUGGAGUUGACCCUCAUCGACUACGACAUGGUGCACUAUCGUCCCUCUGAGAUCGCCGCUGCUUCCUUGUGCCUCUCUCAACGGCUGCUGGAAGGGCUGCCGUGGUCUCCUACACAGCAGCACUACUCCACUUACGACGAGGCCCACCUGAAGCCGAUCAUGCAGCACAUCGCCAAAAACGUUGUGAUCGUAAAUGAGGGGAAAACAAAGUUCCAGGCUGUCAAGAACAAGUACUCCAGCAGCAAGCUGAUGAAAAUCAGCCUCAUUCCUCAGCUGAAGUCUGCGAUCGUCCAGAACAUGGCGGCUGCUCUACUCAACAACCCUUGAGAUGAACUUUUUUUUUUUUUUUUUUUUCGUCUGGACAUUUCACUUGCACUUUAUUUUAGAUUCAUGACCUGUGGAGAAACUUCACUAGUUUUUAAUAAAAAUGUCUUUAUAUUUUUGAUCUGA